GUCACCCAAGCUCUAAUGUUAUUGUCUCAGGCUCUCUCUCUCUCUCUCUCUCUCUGGCUGUCUCUACCGCUCUCCUUUCUUUUUUUGCCCCCUCUCCUUCUUUCUUCCUCUCGCUCUCUCUCGAUCUACCUCCGUCUCCCCCUCUCUCCUCCAUCCAGCAUUAUUGAUUGCCUCCCCAUCUCUGGUGUUCCUCUCUACACACAGUCCAGCUAGCGAUCGGCUGUGUGGAUCUUCAGGCAGCGGGGAGCAGAGCGGGCUGGCCGGGCAGGGGAGGAGCAGCGGCCGGCUCCUGGAUGGGGAACGUCCCCACCACGGUGAAGCACUGUCUGAGCUACCAGCAGCUCCUCCACGAUCACCCCUGGCUGCCGCGCUGGCUGCUGGACCAGAAGAGCGCCUCAAGUCAAGAGUAUCCAGAGUUUGUGAAAAUUGUGGAAGUUGGUCCCAGAGACGGCCUUCAAAAUGAAAAGGAAAUCGUUCCGACAGGAGUCAAAAUCCAGCUGAUAGACAAGCUGUCUCAAACAGGCCUGACCGCGAUUGAGGCCACCAGCUUUGUGUCUUCAAAGUGGGUACCCCAGAUGGCGGACCACAGCGAGGUCCUUCGAGGGAUCCACAGAGAUCGUCAUGUUCGCUAUCCGGUGCUGACGCCAAACAUGCGAGGUUUCCAGGACGCUGUGGCAGCAGGGGCGACAGAGGUGGCCGUGUUUGGGUCGGCCUCGGAGACUUUCAGCAGGAAGAACAUCAACUGUUCCAUCGAGGAGAGCAUGCAGAGGUUUGAAGAAGUCCUCAGCGCUGCCAAGCAGAAGCAGAUCCCCGUGCGAGGAUACGUAUCCUGCGCCCUGGGGUGUCCAUACGAGGGAAGCGUGGAGCCCUCUAAAGUCACUGAGGUGGCCAGGAGGCUGUAUGAGCUUGGUUGCUAUGAGGUAUCCCUGGGAGACACCAUCGGCUUGGGAACCCCUGGCUCCAUGAGGACGAUGUUGACGAGUGUUCUCCAGGAGGUGCCCAGCUCCGCCCUGGCCGUCCACUGCCAUGACACCUACGGUCAAGCCCUCGCUAACAUCCUCACAGCGCUGCAGAUGGGGGUGUGUGUGGUGGACUCGUCGGUGGCGGGGCUGGGAGGUUGCCCCUACGCCCUGGGAGCCUCUGGAAACGUGCCAACAGAAGAUGUCCUGUACAUGCUGCAGGGCAUGGGGAUAGAGACCGGCGUGGAUCUGUCCAAGGUGAUCGAGGCUGGGGACUUCAUCUGCCAGGCGCUGGGUCGCACCACGCACUCCAAGGUAGCCCAGGCAAGAGCCAAUCAGGUGUCUCGAUGACGUCACCUGACCACUCGGCAGGAGAGGACCGUUCUAGAAGCCCUUUCUCUUUAGCGCGUUCAGUGUGUCCCUGGUUAUGCUGCAUACAUGUAGAGGUUACUGUCUAUGUUGCAUAUUUAUAUGUAGCUUAUUUUCUAUGCUUCUUAGAUUUAUAAGGUAAUGUCUAUGUUACAUAUAUAAAUAGGUUACUUUUUAAUGUUACAUACAUGUAGAAGUUAUUGGCUCUGUUACGUAGAUUUAUAGGUUACUGUCUAUGUUACGGUGAUCUAUAGGUUACUGUCUGUGUUAUGUAGAUCUAUAGGUUACUGUCUGUGUUAUAUACAUGUAGAAGUUAUUGUCUAUGUUACAUAGAGCUAUAGAUGAUUGUGUAUGUUGUGUAUGGCCUGUGAAGUGAAUCCCUCUGUUUCUCUAGGCAGCCAAAGCUCCUCAGAAACAGCACUUUAACAGAACUGGAGAACAGUUUAAAAGUGGAUUAAACCCCAACAACCUUAACUUCAUCUCAUCCAUCAAGUCCCUCAGAUAGAUUUACAAGCAGUAGUGACCUUGGUUGACCAACUCCUGAGUUACUAAACUUGGUCUCUAGGGGCACUUACACAUUUCUGAUUUAGAGAAGCGUAUAAACCUUCCCUUCCUCUUGUCCAGAUCAGUUACCUUCCCUGACAGUUCCCCAGCUCGUUGCCAUAGCGCCAUAUCCUUCGUGUUGUUGAGUUUGUUAAACUGGCAAUUAAAUUGAUGUUAAUCCCUUUCAGGACUGUUUCCUGUCAGUGGGGCCCCAAGUGAAGUAGAAGGAGACACAGAGACUGGGAUCAACUGAGAGGGGGAGAGGUGGGGGAGAGAGGAGAUAGAAAGAGAGAUAGGGUGG